GGACCCCGUGCCACAAGAACCCAUGUGCAUUUGCAGCCCAUGGCACAGUGUUUUUUGGGCGCGAGCUUGUUGGUCGUCGUUGAGGCCGAGGCGCGUGAAUGCGGCGUAGUCGGCCGUGCCUCGAACCCGCUGGGGUGCCACCAUGAGGCGACCACAGAUUGCCCAGGUUUGUCUCAAUUGCAAGGCGCAUGUCCGAGCAACUGUCCCUUUGUCGCCCCGCAUUCUUACCUCAGUUGUGUUUUCCAAUGCGCUACCGCCUCUACGUGUUCGACAGCAAAUCCCAAUCUGGCUUUUCCGAACAACGCCACCCAGCUCUGUGAGCCUUGCUCGGUGGUGGGGUGCAAAAGAUGCGCCUCCAAGGACACUUGUGGCGAGUGCUUCGACAACUUUUGGCCGGAGUUCGGCGGGCGCGUGUGUGUGUAUGUGUGGGAUGACCGGGCGAAGAAUGGCAUGAAUGCGGCCUUUGCUUUCAGUUUGCUGCUGAUCUUGAUCCUUUUGGCAGGAGUCUACCUGAUCGAUCGCUGCAACUGCUUCGGGCGCUGCCUGCCGCAAGAGAUCGAAAGCUCGCCCGACGAGCUGGACGAUGAAGAAGAUGAACUGGUGCGGGCUCAGAAUGAGAGCAGCCUACCGAAGGAUCAGCCAGGACAGGAUCAGGAACGGUUAGACUGCGAAAUCACACCGCUGAGCAUCAACCAGGGCAAGCUUCAUCGUCUCAGAUGUAAGGUGAAGAACCUGGAGCCCCGCUCCACACAGAACCAAGGCAUGAAGCAUUCGCAGAGCCUGCUGGGACACAUGGAGCGCCAGCUUCCCGCGCAGAAUCGCGCCUCCACCCUGCUGGGUCGCUUCAAGAACGUCCCCUUCCGCGUCAACUUGCACCAGAAAUUCUUGGUUGGGGUUGGCCUGCCGCUCUUUCACCAGUGGCACGGCUUUUUAACCUUGUAUAGCUCGGUCAUGUGCGCCGGGACUGCAUGGAUUUAUCUGCGCUCUGAGCUGAGCGGUCAGCUCAUGCGCACGGGCCUCGACCACGCCUCACACCUUCUGUGGGAGGAGAUCGAUGGCAAGCACGGGGCAAUGACUUUGUGCGGCCUGAAUUCGCAGCAGAACCACUUGGGCUCCGCCGCCCAGGACUUUGCCCGCAGAGCAGCUCUGGGAUUUUUCCUCCUUUGGCUUCUGGGCCUUCUGCUCUCCUUUUGGCAUGCCUUGCGGCAGAAGCGGGUCGCGCAAAACUUCCACCGGAGGCACCCGUCGCUGGCGGAGUUCGCGCUGAAUUUGGAAGGUUUUCCAGCCAGCGCCACGGAUGAGGAGCAGAUCUUGCAGUUCGUGCGCCAGGCCUUUGGCCUCGAGGACGUGCAGGUCUCCGUGUGUUACGACUACCGGGACCGGCGUGAACGUGUGCGGGAGCUCUGGGAGAAGGUCCUGGUGGACGAAGAUGUCGCUGCAGGCGCAUAUCAUCCGAACCUCGCUGGCAGCGUCAUCGGCCGCCGCGGCCUGGGCCUCUCCGAGGAGGAGCGGGACGAAGUGAGGCGGUGGCUGGACCGGAGCAAGCCCGGUGGUCUGAAGAAUGCGGGCUCCGUCUUCGUGAUUUUCUCGCACAACUAUGACCUGCACACCGCCGAGCGGCAGUUCCCCGAGCCCACGGCCAUGCAGCGGCUGACGCGCGGGAAGACGCCGCUUUUGCCGCACUCCCUGACGCCGGAGUUCUUGCUGUCACCGCUCCACUGGGUGGACGACGAGGGGCAGAUGCACCGGCUGACGGUGCGGGACGUGGCCUGCGAGCCACCCGAGGUCGCCUGGGAGCACCUGGGCCUGGACGUGGCCAGCGUCUCCGUGCGCGCGGCGCUCGCCGGCGUGGCGGUGCUUGUGAGUUUCGGUGUCAUCGCUGCGGUGGUUUUCCUGCCCUUGGCGACCUACAACAUCAGCUACGUGUCUCAGGCUGGUAGCUUGCCGACGGGUGUGAUGAUGUCUGUGAUGGGCAUUCUGGUCAUGACGGUGAACUGGAUGAUUGGCUUGCUCCACAUCUUCGUCUCUUCGAAGGUGGGCUUCACCCGGCGGGACCGGGAGGGGUUGCUGAUCUUCAAGGCCUUCUCGACCUUGUGCUUUUUCAGCUUUCUCUUCAACGUGGCCAUCACCAUCUUCCCGGAGAGCAGUGCACAUCCCAUGCGCUUCUUGCUGCAUCCCUUCGGAGAAGGACGUGCCAUCACCUCCAUGCAGGACAUCUCCUUUCAGGUUCGUGCUUCAGUGCACUUGUUCCACGUCUUAGUGCCCGGAAGCCUCUUCAUCGGCUAUUUGCUCUUCCCAUUGCAGGGCUUCGUGUGGCCUGCGGUGUCGACCAUGUCCUUCUUGCGCUUUUGGCACAGCCGUAGCUUUACCGCCGACCUGAGGGCACGCGAGGCUGAAAAGGCCAUGGAGCCUUUGGGCAUGAGCUUGGGCCACGACUACAUGGGCUUCGUGGUGCAGCCCUUGUCCUGCAGCCUGACGCUCUUCUUCGCCUCGGGCGUCGCCUGGCAGACCUUCGGAUGCCUUGCCCUGUGGAGUCUCUUCAUGAUGCCGUUCACCAGGUACAUGCACCUCCGGGCGAUGAGAAGGAGCUACUUCUCCACGAACCGCAUCGACAUGGAUGCGUUGUUCGCCUGGGGCUUUCCGCACUCCCAGGUCUUGGCGGCCAGUGCCUUUUGGGCGGCUCGCAUUUACAGCUGGAGCUUGCUCGUGGUCCCUCUUGCGUGGUUGGCGGGGCUGGCGGUGUACCAUGUGAUGCUGGCCCUGGUGGUGCAGCCCUUGGUCUUGCCCAAGGACUGCUGCGACAGCAGCCGGCCCAGCUACGAUGAGGUGCGCACGCGGCGCUUCUACGACUGGCACAAUUGCAACCCCGUGAAGGUCUUGCUGAGUCACUGCGUGGGGUCGAAGCCCAUUCCGCCCUUUGAAAUCGGCAAGGAGUAUCUCCAAGAGAACUGCCUGGAGUGGAAGGAGAGGGCCGAGAAGUUGCGCGCCCGUGGCGGCGGCCUUUGGAGCCUCCCAUCGGAGCAGGUGGACUCCGAGAUCUGCCCCCUGAUGGUGCCAGAGGUGGAGGAUCUCUUGCAACGGCCGGUGGACUGGAUAGGGCAGGCCAGCCGCAGCUUCGCCCAGAGCUCCCCAGGCCAGGCCUCAGUGCCGGACUAGCCAUGAGCCAGUCACAGUGGGAGCCUUGGAGGUGCGCAGUGGGUGAACGCCCACGAGGCUGAAGCAAAGGAGGCCAGUGCAGCUCCCGCAGCCGUAGCUUCCCGCAGCGCCAAAGAGACCAUCCGAGGUCCGGACCGUCUGAAGCUGGAGGAAGCGACUGGGGAAUUCCCUUGACGACCCAGCGGUCUCUUGUAACGAGUUUUGCAUCGAACUGCCGGGUGCGCCCUUGACAGGGCCAGAGGGCAGGAGGGCAUUUGAUGGCAUUUGAGGCAUUGGCCAUUUAUGGGGGCUUUUGAACCUUGAGAUAUCGACGACAUGCAUGUGGCCGAUGAGCAUCCUGAACCUAAGACAUACCUCGACGACAUCUACGCUAUACCAUGAGGCAAACACGUGAGAAGAGCAAUAUCAAGGAGCCAAGUUGAUGCCGCAUGUUGACUGUGUGUACAUGUGCUUGGACAUGUCAGAUCGUUGCAUUUGAAUUCGCUGCGCUCCCUCGAGUGCCGCGGGCCAGAGGCCCGCAAGUGGCACGCUUUCGAACGAGGUGCAGCGGGCAGUGAGCGACCAGCUCGUGACCAUCCCGGUCCGUGCGACUCCAGUGAUUCUGCCCGGUUCCGCCCAAAGUUGCC